CUCACAUGAGCCGACGCAUAGGUGUCGGACCUUUUUCGCUUCACAUCUCUGCUUUUUAUUCUCCCCUUACCAAGCACGGUCGACUUAUGAGAGCUUUCACAUCUGGCCCACUGCUUAGAUGGAGAGCCACCAAGGGUAUGUGACAUUGUCUCAGGAAGGGCCGCCACGGCUCGAACUUCAACAAACCGAAGGUCCACUGUUUGAUCUUCCAGACAAUAAUGGACCAAAAAUCUCUUUCUCAGAGAAUGAAGCCGAACGAGACUCUGUGAAGGAAGGAAACUCAAAGCGAACUCCCCUCGACAGCUACAGCCUCUUGAAGAACACCGGAAGGGAAACGCACAAGGUAUCCAACGCGUGGCGAGCAGGCAAUAAAGCUCGGAUCCCGCUCCUCAGCCUGUGCUGCCUGCUCAUCAUGUUUGCAAUUCUCGCCGCCAUGAUCGUAAUCCUGCUCGUUUCUGAUGGCCAAGAUGUGGAAUCCUGGGGCGCCGCAACCAUGAACAUUGGCGGUCAUUCCCACUAUUGGCAGGUUAGCGUCAGUGCCUGGCUUGCCCUGGCAAACUUCCUCCUCUCAAAGACCCUCGCUGUUAUGUUUGCGGAGGCUGUUGCCGUUUCCUGGUGGGUGGACGCCAUCCGUGGCCAGACCUUGAAAAGGCUCCAUUUCCGAUGGGCAGUCGGCAAUUCCAUACAGACAGUGGCAUUGCAUUGGAGGCUAUGGGGCUGGAUAUGCGUUGGAAGUCUAGCAUUUACCAUAUUUGCCGGGCUGGAAGUGGUACUACAACAAGCCAGUUCUUCAACUACAGUCUUGUCGCUGAUCCCUCGAAACAUGACCUCAGAGCUUGCUAGCGCUCUUCCUGCUGGGUUUUCCGGCGUCGUCGCAGCAGUUGCACACGACACUUUCGGCGUGGUUUAUUUCACGCCACCCUUUAUUCAAGUCCUUCAAGACUACAAGAUCCAGUCGCCUGUCUCCCUCGACUUGAAAGGGUGUGACUCUACUUCUAACGUCUCCUGCACCACGCGACUGCCCGGAGUGGGCUUCCAAUAUACCUGCAACGCGACUCGGAGUGCGCUGCUGGAUCCACUGUCCACGGAUCCAUCUGGUUCUGCUCUCCAACCUCCCAACUCGGUUUUUCAGGUGAAUGUCACCACUGGGAUUGAUUGGGAGAUUGGCCUCAGCGUCCUCUGGCAGGACGAGAGAGGCUACCAGGGCAAAACCGUCACGAACCGACAUUGCACUCUCCUGCCGGCUUUGGUAGAGUAUCCGGUCAAUGUUACGCAGGGGGUGGCAACUUUACAAGCACCCACGUCUCAGGUAGAAUGGACAACUUCUCCCAGCAAUCCGGACGAUGAAGCUCUUCUGGUCGAUAAAGUACUGAACCUGCUUCCUAUCCCAGAGCACGACAAGACACUGUACCGCGUCUGGAUUGAAGAGAGCGACCCCAAUUCCGGGCAACACAGCACGCUGGGAGGUGUCGCGCUCGCAUUCUCCAGCCUUUUCGGCUCGAGCAUCGUCCUCAAGAGCGACGUCACCAACUUCGGCUCCGACGUGGCGGUGACGGGGUCCUUCGCGGCGCCCUACGCCGUCUUCGAACACGGCACUGGCGACAUCGACGCGGCGCUCAACAACACCUACGCAUCUCCGAUGAACGCCUUGCUCUCGAACAUCCGAGACAUCAUGUUCCGCACCACGGUGGCGAUCGCGACGCAGAGGGUGGGCGACUACAUGUUCCCGAACUCGUCGGCGCUGGACGUGCAGACGGCGACCGUCCCGGCCCACAACGUCACCGCCCAGGGCGAGUACCGGGUCUACCACACCGUCUACAAGACGAACCGGACCGUCCUCGGCGUCGCGGUCGCGCUGAUGCUGGUCGCCAUCCUGGCCAUCCUGCCCCUCUACGACGGCUACUGGCUGCUCGGCAGGAAGGUCAGCCUGUCGCCCUUCGAGGUCGCCAAGGCGCUGCACUACUCGACCGUCGUGAUCGACAAGCGAACCGGCGAGAGACAGCCCUACAGCGUCCUCGACGUGGUCGCAGGGCCGGACCGGGUGCCGCAGUCCGGCUCCAAUCUGUCCGCCGACGAACUGGUCAAGGUCCUGGGGGCCAGGAAAGUGCGGUAUGGGGAAGUUGGCCCCAAUAUCCUCGGAGUGGGCUUGAUCGAGUAUACAGAGCCGCCCAAGGCGGGGAGGCUUUACGACUGAGGGUAAUGAAGCGGGCGUCUUGGAGUAACGCAUCGGGUGCCAUCCUUGCAUCAUUAUCAUUGCUUGACUUCCCAGCAGCUAUCGCGCGGACCGGUAACAGACUGGUUAGAAGUUUCAGAAUAUCUACUCUUAUCGCAGUACAUUAAUCGCAAAUUGCAGUGUGUACAAUCUCUGAUCCGC